AUGAAGGAUUUGGGUGCUGCUCAGAAAAUUCUGGGUAUGGAGAUUUAUAGGGAAAGAGAUAAGAAUAAGCUCUUCCUAUGCUCGUUUGUCAUCGUGCUUUCACCACAGUCUGAAGCUGAGAAGGAGUACAUGUCUCGAGUUCCUUAUGCUAGUGCAGUGGGAAGUUUGAUAGGUACAUCUGAUGUUGGUCUUGUUUAUGGGAAUUGCACAGAGUGUUUAGUGACCGGUUAUUCUGAUUCUAACUAUGCUAGAGAUGUUGACAGUAGGAGGUCUAUGACUGGCUAUGUGUUCACUCUGGGCGGUUCUAUUGUUAGUUGGAAGGCAACCUUACAGCCUACAGUUACUUGUUCUACUACUGAAGCAGAGUACAUGGCCUUGAUAGAAGUUGCUAAAGAGGGAAUAUGGUUGAGGGGAUGUAAGAUAUCACUUCUUAAGAGGUGA